AGGCUAUAAAAGGGGCGGCCACUAGCAUUGAGUGCCCCCUUUCUGGCUUUGGUUGAGUUAUUGGUGUGCCAAGUUGUACUAAAUGUCUCCUAGUAUAUAUUCAGUGAUUAAUUUGAUUAAGUUCUAUCUUUAAUUGUGAAAUCAGUGUAAACAUCUCAUAUUGGAAGUGAAGUUUUUCGGACAAUCUGGCUUUUGACAGAGUAAUGCAAAUUGAAUCUAAAGACUGUCUGUGUCUUAGGGCUCGUACUUGUAACCUGCAUCAUACUUGGAAGUGGUUACAUCAAACAAUUCAACUUCAUAAUCAUAUGAUUUGCCUUGCGUCUGUUGCUAGGGGGAAUUAAAUCAAACUAAACUUUUUUGAGUGUAUAUUAUUACACAUUUUGUUAGUUGGAUAUUGACUCAGAAAAUAGUUAUUUUAUACAGUUUUGUGUUUUGAUAGGAGUCUUGGAUUGAUCGAAGUCUGUGUUUUAGUGAACAAUCUACUAGGCCUAUAACUAGAAAAAGAUGGCUCAAGUUUUAGUACAUUCUGUUUUCAAACAAGGAAGAUUAAUAUCAGCAUUUAAUCCGACCAUUGCAAAUGCUCUGUUUACGAUGAAAGUGACAAAUAAGACUGAAACACGCAAUUUCUCAAAUGAAUCCCGUAAGAACACAGUUCAUAAUGAUGAAAGUAAAAUUGCAAAGUCGGUUUUCAUAUCUCAGUCUGAUGAUGUUUUCACAAAUUUAGCGUUAGAAGAUUGGCUUUAUAAAAAUUUUGAUUUUACAAACCAUCAUGUGAUGUUACUUUGGAGAAAUUCACCAUGUGUAGUAAUAGGGAGACAUCAAAAUCCCUGGCUUGAAGCAAAUUUUGGACCACUCUCGGAGCAUGGUGUACAAUUAGCAAGAAGAAACAGUGGUGGUGGUGCCGUUUACCAUGAUCAUGGUAAUCUUAAUCUAUCAUUUUUUACUCCGAGAGAAAGAUAUAAUCGCAAACAAAAUUUGGAAAUUAUUACUUCUGCUCUUCAUAGAGAAUGGGGAUUGAAGCUGGAAAUAAACAAAAAGGAAGACAUUGUCAUUGAUGGAAUGAACAAGAUUUCAGGAACUGCAUCUAAACUCGGCAGGCCAAACUCGUACCACCAUUGCACCCUUCUUGUGGAUGUAAACAAGAACAACCUCAGUGAGUCACUGCACAAAUACGAGAAGGGAAUAGAGACGAAUGCCACAGUGAGUGUUCCAUCCCCAGUUCGUAAUCUGGCCGAACUGGACUCGACUAUCAACGUGCAGAGACUGAUCAGUUCUAUCGGCUGGGAGUAUCUGCGUACCACCCCCCUCACACAGCAGGACGGGGGCUGGGGGCUGGUGUCUCGCCAGAGGGGCUUCCAGAUGAUCAACCCCACCGACGAGUGGUUCCCAGGACUUGACAAGAUUCGAGAUGAAUUCCAAAGCUGGGACUGGAAGUUUGGACGUACUCCGAAGUUCCACAUCACAAGAUCGUUUUUACUGCCACAGAGUAUCCAGGUGGCAGGAAGAGGGGGGGAUGUGCAACAAGAGGAACUGCGGGUGACUGUGACAGUCGCCAAGGGGCUGGUGGAGGACGUCAUCAUGAGGAUACCCCCCUCUCUCAUGAUGUCCGAAACGUUUAUAGAGGAUAUUAAGGUGAUGUCUACCAUCCGGGGACGACGGUUUACCGAGGAUGCUCUGGAUGAACUGAAUGCGAGUUUCGGCACGUCUCACUCACUCAGAGAGGAUGGCAAGCAGUUCGUGGCCGACUGCAUGCGGAAGGUCAUGGCUUCCGUUUGACAUUGAGAACCAACUGACGUGUCAGUUGCCACUCGGACGGGGAUAUUUGUAGAACGGGGCGGGUGUAAUUUGUUAUAGUGGAUUUAAUUUUAUUGGAACAGUUUAUAACAGAAUACUCAUUUAAUAUAAUAUACCGAUUAAGAUUAAUAUAUUUUAUACUUAAAUAUUUUUAUAUUGGAUUUUAUAAUCAAACAAGUCUCUAAAUGAAGAAUUAUUUGUAAAUAAGUAUUACAGCUAAGGAAAACAUCUCAGAUAUAAGUAAACUUGGAUUUAAAAUCUUGUUUACGAACAAAGGUUUGACCUUUUGUGAAAAUGUCGUACAAGUUUUAUUGUAGUUUGUAGAGGAGUUUUGUUCUUUUUGUGGUGAUAUUUUAUCUAUGGCUUUAAUAGAUGUAGAUGGCUUUAAUGAAACUGUUUCAGUAGUAAAAUAACUAUUUUAUGAGUUAAUGGUCCGAAGUGGAAUAAAUAAAUUUAAGUAAAAGCAAA